AUGUUGACAAAGAGCAGCUCCACCCGUCUCUUCAUCGUCAUCCAUAGCUUCAUCUUCUACCUUCCUCUACUCGUGCAGACCUUUCAAAGAAGAGACCAAAAUAAUCUAAAAGACUGGAACUGGUCUGAUGGAGAUCAAAGCAGCUAUAGAAAGUGGAGUCCCAUCAACAAUCAGCCUGAUAACUACCUGGGAAAAGAGAAUUGUGUUGUUACGGGAAGUUCAUCUUGGUAUGAUAUAUUCUGCACUGACCAACAUGCAUUUCUGUGUUACGAUAAUCUAAUCUUGGUGAAAGAGAACAAGACAUGGGAGGAGGCUCUGGAACACUGCAGGAAUCUUGACAACACAUCCUCAGGUAAUACCUACGAUCUUCCAGACAUGGACUAUGGAGGCAACAACUUGGAUGCCAGAAGAGCGAUCGUGGAUGCCCAGACACCAGAGGUAUGGAUAGGUCUACGUUUCCUGGCAGGAGAGUGGCUGUGGGUGAACAGGAAGCCUCUGCUGCAACCACUGCCUGCCUUCCCUGCACCCAGGAUGAACUGUGGGACAAUGUCCAAGACCGGGGAGAUUUUGCCACAAAGGGACUGUUUGGAGAGAAGGAAUUUUCUUUGCUUAGAAAUAUAG